AUGAGGCCUGCUGUUGCCCUCGUUGCCUUCCUCGGCCUUGCCUCGGCUGCAGCCCUGCCCGCGGCUAGCAAUCCCGCCGAUGGUACGGAUGCUCUUGUCGACAAACGUGACCCGCAGUCGCAAGGGGGUGGUUCCGGGGGUGGUGGUAAUGGCGGAGGAGGAGGCCAAGGUGGAGGUGGUGGCCAAGGUGGAGGAGGUGGUGGUCGAGGAGGUGGUGGUCAAGGAGGUGGUGGUCAAGGAGGUGGUGGUCAAGGAGGUGGUGGUCAAGGAGGCGGUGGUGGUCAAGGAGGUGGUGGUCAAGGUGGAGGAGGUCAAGGAGGCGGUGGACAGGGUGGUGGUGGACAGGGUGGUGGUGGACAGGGUGGUGGUGGACAGGGUGGAGGUGGUGGUGGUCAAGGUGGAGGUGGUGCCAACGGCGGAGGAGGUGCCAAUGGUGGUACUCCCGCUGCCGGUAACUCAACAGCCAAUGCCCGUCGCAACUUGCUUCCGCCGCGCCCGAGGCGCAUGCCAGGCGAUGCGGGUCGGGCCGUCAUGAUUUGA